AUGUAUUCGCAAUUCAACCGCACAUUAAAUAUUGAGAAUUCGCAGCGAAUUCUCACCGGAAUCUCAAUUCUCUUCAUAAAUCUAAUUGGAAUUUCGAUCAACUCUUAUACAUGCUCAGCGUUUAUGUUCGGGAUACGGUAUCGCGUCAACUUUUACGUUUUGAGCAUCUCGAAAACCGUCGGCAAUGUGGCGUUCGGCAUAAUUUCGAUUAUUUGGAUGGCGCCGGCGAGUUUAUUAUUUCUCAUGGCAAUAUUCAAUCGCGACGUUCAGCCAGAAUGUCUUGUGAAGCGACGAAUGCACAAGAAGAGCUCGAUCAUCUCCGUCGGCGAUUUAAUGAGAGCAAAUUGA